UAUUUGCUCCUUGUAAUUCAAUGUGCCAUACACAAACCAAAUCAAUCAUACUAGUAGUAAGUGAUUUUCAACAACAAAAAUGGUGAUGGAAUUCAAGGCUAGAACUUUUCUUGCAACAGUGGUGAUGUUUCUGUUGGCAUCAAGUGUGUUAAUUAUGGAAAGUGAAGGUGCUGGAGAAUGUGGAAAGACACCAAUUGGUUCAGCAGCUGCAAGUCUAAGUCCAUGCUUAGAUGCAUCACGUAAUGGGAGGGCAAAAGUUUCAGCAGCUUGCUGUUCUAAAGUUGGUGCUUUGCUUUCAACUUCUCCAAAAUGUCUUUGUUCAGUUCUUUUGUCACCUCUUGCUAAACAAGCCAAGAUCAAUCUUGCUAUUGCUAUUACAAUUCCUAAGAGAUGUAACAUUAGGAACAGACCUGCUGGAAAGAAAUGUGGAAAGUACACACUUCCUUGAAACCAAAACAGAAGAAUAAUAUAUGUGAUAUACACUAUCUAACAGAUUAAAGAGAUAAAUAAGUUCUGUAAUAUGUCAUUUUCUACUUGGAGAGUGACAUGUGUCAGGCUGUGCAAUUUGUAUUUCUAAGAAUAUUGUUGUAUGAUUUGAUGUAUUGCUUGAUAUUAUUAUAAAAUAAUGUUAUUUUCUAUAA